UCCCACAAUCUCCGGCGCCGCGCGGCUGAGGCAUUCAUCGCACAUCUCCGCUCACGGAUCCACACGGGCGCGCACAAGCACGCGCUAACGGAGAGAAUGCGGUUCCAGAAACGCGCGAUCUCGCGGAUUUAGCGAGACUGUAAGUGAUUGCUAAGGCGAGAACUGCUGGGCACUGCGGGGGUGCGGAGGAUGAGGGGCACCGCGAGGAAGAUGAAGAUAAAGAUGAAGAGGAAGAGGUGUGACGCGGUGAGCACGAGCUCGAGCCCGCGUUAGAGAGCCAGCGGCACACCUGAGCGCUGCGGCGAGCGCGCACCACUCUCUCCUUCAGCGCUCAUCCCGAUGAGGUGGAGGAGAGGAACGCCUGCACCUGAGAUUUUAUGGAGCUCCUGUGACUGUUUGGACCCAAGGCCAGACUGUGGACAGAGAGCAGCUCCGUGGUACAGAGCGAGAACACCACUGGAGAACCAUCUGAGAGCGUGGGACGGCUCCUUGCAAUGUGUUCCCCCCCGGCCACAGCUCAGCUCCCCGAACACGGGGACUUGCCCCAAACUGCACCAUGUUCUGAACCCAAAUCCUAACAUGUUUAUAAGGAAAGGAAGGCAGUAAGUAAUGGAUGUGUGUAUGUGCAGGUACUGUUUUUGCACCACCUGUGUAUAAAGGGAAAGACACUGAAGAAACCAGAGAGGUUCUGACAGUGACCAAAUGAGGUGAGAUGUUCUCAAGGAGCAGCCGUUUCUGUCCGUGGGCAACCUGUAGACUAGUUGACUGCACAGAAAUGCAAAGGAAGGCUCUUACCCACAUAUCAAAUGGUAGGGCACUGGCAGUAAUCCAGUAUAGCUAGUGUUCCGGUCCCCUUCAGGUGUUUGAGCUCAACACAGGUGUAAGGCACACUAAUUAGGACAUAUUGACCCCCAUACUGCAGCUUUCUGCACGUUUUUGUGGUAUAGGCCUCACAAUGAAGAACGGCGUCCAUCUGAUGUGGGCCGGCCUGGUCCUGUGCUGUUUGGUGGAUGUAGGUGCAAGUCUUGAGUUCACUGGGGCGGAAGGUCAGUGGGCCCGGUUCCCGGUGUGGAACGCAUGCUGCGAGAGUGAAAUGAACUUCAACAUGAAGACCAAGAGCUCCCACGGGCUGCUCGUCUACUUCGAUGACGAGGGCUUCUGUGAUUUCCUGGAGCUGCUCAUACACAAUGGCAGGCUCAGCCUGCGCUUCUCCAUCUUCUGCGCAGAACCAGCCACGGUGCUGUCAGACACUGCUGUCAACGACAGCCUCUGGCACUCUGUCACCAUCCGGAGGAACUUCAAAAACACAACGCUAAUUGUGGACAAAGAGAUCAAGUGGGUGGAGGUGAAGUCCAAACGGAGAGAUAUGACUGUCUUUAGUCAUUUAUUUCUGGGUGGGAUUCCACCCGAGCUGCGCUCAGUGGCGUUGCGACUCACCUCCGCGGCCGUCAGGGACCAGGUGCCCUAUAAAGGAUGGAUAAAUGAGCUAAAGGUGAACGGCUCGGAACCCACGAUGAUCAGCAGUGAGGGGGUCAGAAACGACCUGUGCGGCGUGGACGUGUGCUUGAAUGGAGGAGUGUGCAGCCUCGUGGAUGACCAGCCGAUGUGCGACUGCUCGCAGACGGGCUACCAGGGGAAGGACUGCAGUGAAGAAGACGUCUACGUUGGAGGUCUGGCACACCUGAUGAUGGGCGACCAAGGUAAAAGCAAAGGAAAAGAGGAAUAUGUGGCGACCUUCAAAGGGUCCGAGUACUUCUGCUACGACCUGUCGCUGAACCCCAUCCAGAGCAGCAGCGAUGAGAUCACGCUCUCGUUCCGCACGCUGCAGCGAAACGGCCUUAUGCUGCACACGGGCAAGUCGGCCGACUACGUGAACCUGGCGCUGAAGAAUGGCGCCGUCUCCCUCGUCAUCAACCUGGGCUCGGGCGCCUUCGAGGCGCUCGUGGAGCCUGUCAACGGCAAAUUUAAUGACAAUGAGUGGCACGAUGUCAAAGUAACGAGGAAUUUACGUCAGGUAACAAUAUCCGUGGAUGGGAUUCUCACCACCACGGGCUACACACAAGAAGACUACACCAUGCUAGGCUCUGACGACUUUUUCUAUGUCGGAGGCAGUCCUAGCACAGCGGACCUGCCUGGAUCGCCAGUGAGCAACAACUUUAUGGGUUGCCUGAAGGAGGUUGUCUACAAGAACAAUGACGUGAGACUGGAGCUAUCCCGCCUGGCGCGGCAGGGAGACCCCAAGAUGAAGGUCCACGGGACGGUGGCCUUCAAGUGCGAGAGUGUGGCCACGCUGGACCCCGUGACCUUCGAGACCCCAGAGUCAUACGUGGUGCUGAGCACCUGGACCGCCCGCAGGACGGGAUCCGUCUCCUUUGACUUCCGUACCACCGAGCCCAAUGGCCUGCUGCUUUUCAGCCACGGGCGGCCCAAGCCGCAGAAAGACGCCCGGGGACCCCAGACCCUCAAAGUGGACUUCUUUGCCAUCGAGAUGCUGGACGGCCACCUCUACCUGCUGCUGGACAUGGGCUCAGGGACCACCAAGACCCGGGCCGUCAACAAGAAGGUCAACGACGGCGAGUGGUACCACGUGGACUUCCAGCGGGACGGGAGGUCAGGUACCAUCUCUGUUAACACCCUGCGCACCAGUUACACAGCGCCAGGAGACAGCGAAGUUCUGGACCUCGAUGAUCACUUGUAUCUGGGUGGGCUUCCGGAGAACCGCCAGGGUCUGGUCUUCCCCACUGAGGUAUGGACAGCACUGCUCAACUAUGGCUACGUGGGCUGCGUCCGCGACCUCUUCGUGGACGGGCAGAGCAAGGAUGUGCGGCGCCUGGCAGAGUUGCAGCGGGCCGCUGGGGUCAAGCCGUCCUGCACCAAGGAGCCGCCCAAACAGUGCCUGAGUAACCCCUGCCAGAACAGCGGCUUGUGUCGUGAGGGCUGGAACCGCUACGUGUGUGACUGCUCCGGCACCGGCUAUCUGGGCCGCUCCUGUGAGAGAGAAGCCACCAUCUUGAGCUAUGACGGCAGCAAAUUCAUGAAGAUUCAGCUGCCGGUGGCCAUGCACACAGAGGCGGAGGACGUGUCUCUGCGCUUCCGUUCGCAGAGGGCCUACGGUCUCCUAGUGGCCACCACGUCCCGCAACUCUGCCGACACACUGCGCCUGGAGUUGGACGCGGGCCGCGUGCGCCUCACUGUCAACCUAGACUGUGUCAGGAUUAACUGUACCUCCACAAGCAAACCCCCACAUGCUAACGGAGGUCUGGGCUCUUCUGCAGGCAAGGGCCCAGAGACCAUCUUCGCUGGCUCCAACCUUAAUGAUGAUGAGUGGCACACAGUGCGUGUGAUGCGGAGAGGGCGGAGCUUGAGGCUCUCAGUGGAUGAGGCUCCUCCCGCUGAAGGCCAAAUGGCCGGUGACCACACGCAGCUGGAGUUCCACAACGUGGAGACGGGCAUUGUGACCGAAAGGCGCUUCGUUCCUGCCGUGCCAUCCAACUUCAUCGGCCACCUGCAGAGCCUGUCCUUCAACGGCAUGACCUACAUCGAUCUCUGCAAGAAUGGCGACAUAGACUACUGCGAGCUCAACGCCAUGAUUGGCUUCAAGAAUAUCGUGGCCGAUCCGGUGACGUUCCGCUCGCGCUCCAGCUUCGUCACACUCAGCACACUGCAGGCCUACUACACCAUGCACCUCUUCUUCCAGUUCAAGACCACAUCCCCUGAUGGCCUCAUCCUCUACAACAGUGGCGACGGCAAUGACUUUAUCGUCGUGGAGCUCGUCAAGGGCUACCUCCACUACGUGUGGGAUCUUGGUAACGGGGCCCACCUCAUCAAGGGCAAUUCCAACAAGCCACUCAACGACAACCACUGGCACAACGUCAUGAUCUCCCGCGACAGCAACAACCUGCACACGGUCAAGAUCGACACCAAAGUCACCACCCAGACCACAAUAGGUGCCAAGAACUUGGACCUGAAGGGUGAUCUGUACGUGGGGGGUGUGGCCAAGGACAUGUACAAGGAGCUGCCCAAGCUGGUACACGCCAAGGAGGGCUUCCAGGGCUGCCUGGCAUCCCUGGACCUGAAUGGGCGCCUGCCGGACCUGCUAUCGGACGCACUGAGCAGCACGGGGCAGGUGGAGCGGGGCUGCGAAGGCCCCAGCACCACCUGCCAGGAGGACUCUUGCUCCAACCAGGGCGUGUGCCUGCAGCAGUGGGAGGGCUUCAGCUGUGACUGCAGCAUGACAUCAUUCGGAGGACCUCUCUGCAAUGACGCGGGAACCACGUACAUCUUUGGGCGAGACGGCGGUUUGAUCGUAUACACGUGGCCUCCGAACGACCGGCCGAGCACUCGGUCCGAUCGCCUCGCCAUCGGAUUCAGCACACAGCUGAAGGAGGCCAUCCUGGUGCGAGUGGAGAGCUCCUCGGGCCUCGGGGACUACCUACAGCUGCACAUUGAGAAAGGCAACGUUGGUGUCAUUUUCAACGUCGGCACGGACGACAUCUCCAUCGACGAGACGACCAAGUUCGUAAACGACGGGAAGUACCACAUCGUCCGGUUCACCAGGAGCGGUGGGAAUGCAACACUGCAGCUGGAUGACUUGCCAGUCAUUGAGCGCUACCCUACAGGCAACAUUGAUAACGAACGCCUGGCGAUUGCUAGACAGCGAAUCCCAUAUCGACUCGGUCGAGUAGUUGACGAAUGGCUACUCGACAAAGGGCGGCAGCUCACCAUCUUCAACAGCCAGAGCACCAUAAAGAUCGGGGGCUUGGACCGCGACAGGCCAUUCCAGGGCCAGCUCUCUGGCAUGUACUACAACGGGCUUAAGGUGUUCAGCAUGGCGGCCGAGGGUGACCCCAACGUCAAGGUGGAGGGUAGCGUGCGUCUGGUGGGGGACUCGCCCGCCUCCAACACUCCGCAGUCCAGCACGACGGGCAACCGCUCCGACAGCUUGUCCCCCUUCGGCGGCAUGACCACGACGACGGCCUCGAAUCGCCGGGGUCAGCAGCCCACCCCCCGGGACCCCCAGCAGCCCACGGACGACCUGCUGGUGGCGUCAGCUGAGUGUCCGAGCGAUGACGAGGACAUCGACCCUUGUGAGCCGGGUGGGUCAGGUGGGUUAGCCAACCCCACAGUGCCCGGGGCCAAGGGCCCGCCCGGGACCAUGGAAGUCAUCCGCGAGUCCAGCAGCACUACGGGCAUGGUAGUGGGCAUUGUGGCGGCUGCCGCCCUGUGCAUCCUCAUCCUCCUCUACGCCAUGUACAAGUACCGCAACCGUGACGAGGGCUCCUACCACGUGGACGAGAGCCGCAACUACAUCAGUAACUCGGCAACGCAGCCCAAUGGUGCCGUGGUGAAGGAGAAGCCGCCGGGCAGCGUGAAGAUCUCCAGCAAGAACAAGAAGAACAAGGACAAGGAGUACUACGUGUGAGAAGUGUGAGCUCCCACCUGGGCAGACUGUGCUCAGGGCUGGGGGGCCUCCGCUGUACAGGAAAGACACGUAAAGACAACACUUUGUUUUACUGUAAAAAGGACCAAUAAGAACUUCACUCACAAGAACAUCUGUCUGUACAAAACGAACAUCAGAGCAACACGAAACGAGCGGGACAAACCGAAGGACAUCUCGCCUCCAACAAACUGAGCGCUCACAGAGCCUUUUCACCUUCUUGUUGCCCGGGUAACCAGGGAAGCCAAACUGGGAGUGGGGACUGUCUAUUUGUGUGGUGGGGGGUUGGGGAGGUGGGUGGGGCAGGACCAGCUAUCAGUGUUUUCAGCAAUGUCUCCUGUGUUUGUGUCGCUGGGGCAUUUUCUGGACAAAAAGGCACGGAGGAGUGAGUAGUGUGGGUGUGGCGGGGGACCCCCAGCAGGGGUGGACCGAAGGACUCAAUAGCCACGUGUGUCGGAGGAACGGGCUGAAGCGCUUGCGUUCCUUACAGCAUCGAGUGGCCGAGACGGACCCACGUUCGAGGGGAAUAUCGAUGGCUCCAGGUUGCCGGAUGAGACCGAGUUUGAAAAUAACGGCACACACGUUUUUGUUGUUGGGGGGAAAAAAUACAGAAGCCUUAAUUCUUGACACCCCAUGUGAAAUUUAAGGCAGUUUUUUAAACUUUAUUUUAUUUUGUUUCUUUGCCAGGGACAGUGGAAAAACUCCUUGCACGCGAAGUAUGUUAUUACAUGUUUCUAUCCAGUGAAACACAUGUACAUGUGGUACCUGGGACGUGACUCAAGUGGUGUUUUAUAGCCUGUUGUAUAGAUGCAAAUUACAGUAUAUCUGCUCUUAAACAUUUUUAUUAAAGAAUGGAGAGGAAAAAAAAGGAGAAAAUUAUUCAGAAAAGAUAAGUAAAUGUUCAUUCAUGUUGCUGGCUUUUUUAUGACACCAUCUGCUGUGAAAUAUUCAGUUGCUUUUUUUUUUUUUUUCUUUCCUCCCUGAUUUUGUACCUGUUAACCUUGUUUUUUUAUGCAGCUGCUGAUUUUUAAUCCAUCAGUGUCACAUUUACACAGUAAAGGACGAGUGUCUCCUGUCCCUCGAUGCAGGACAAGGUGCGCUGUUUCACACACACACCCACACAAUGUGAAGGGGGAGAUUAGUUAUUCAGUCAUGGUCCUUAUAAAAAUAUCCACAAUAAUAUUCUUAAAAAAGAAAACAUUGCAAAUACUUUUAGACUUUCCCUUGUUUAAAUUGUUCAAAUGAAAGCUUAGAUCACUGGACUCUGUGCUGUAUGACUCGCCCUGCUGCACGUGACCCAGCAACCGGAACGUUGACCAUGGACGGCCGUUGAAAAUGACAGCAGUUACACACUUUAAUUUUACUUUUUAA